CCAUCACCUCCACCGUGUCCCCGGCCCACCUCCGCCCGCAUCUUCCUUCUCUAUAAAAUACUUAAAACUAACUUCUUCCCCUAUAGGCUAUAGCAUUCCUCCAAAACCAGCAAAUUUCCGGUCAACUAUCGAACGCAGUCUUGAAGAAAUUGAUCUUUCAAUUCGGAACAGGAGAGCUAGAUCAGAGAAGAGAUGUGCUUGGUAUUCGUCUGUGAUGAAGAUGAAAGAGUUCUGGCAAGGCAAAUAGCACCAGGCGCGUGCCCAUACUGCGGUGGGAUGGUUCAAGCCCUGGAUGUGGAGAAAGAAUGGCGAUUCUGCUUUGUCCCUCUUUACUUCAAGGCCAAACGCAAGUAUUUCUGCACCAUCUGCGCCAGGCGCCUCACCAUCCAAUAAUCUCUCUCUUAAGCAGAGAUGAUUGUAAUUAAUUAGAUGAUGACUCAUCUAAUUGUAUAUAAUUAAUAACAAAUACACUUUCUGAUUUGCUUUUUA